UUACCGGUCAUGAUUUGUCACCUCCUUAUUCUCCUAUUCCCCGUUAUUUCCAUAUCUCAAUAUUAUAACCCAUCCCUAUACCAAAGCUAUAUGAAUGCCGGUGUUCCCCGGCAACAGACUGUGUUGGUUCCCGUCUACACACAAGGUGGCUAUGGUGGAGCAUAUGGUGGUUAUCCGAGUUAUGGGCAAUCUUAUGGACAGAGUUAUCCAUCUUAUGGAAUGGGAAUGGGCUAUGGAUAUGCUGCAGGAUACCCCAUGAUGGGCGGAGCUGGAGGAGCAUGUUGUGGAGGAACAGGAAUGGGAAUGAUGCCACCUCGUGAAAGCAACGCGAAAAAGUUUCUCCGCGGAGCCACAGAAGGAGUUUUCAUGGGAAGUGUUGGAAUGUUAGGAUUCCGAAAAUAACUUUAAUUGCUUUUUAUAUUUUUUAAAUUUUUUCUCUGGAACCGGUGACUCAGGCUUUCUCAUUCUUUUUAUUUUCUAGCCUCUUUUCAUAAAAAAACAUUACUCUUCUCAUGUUCAAAUAAUUUAUUCAACAAGUUUGUUCAUUAUGUUCCUCAUUUCCUCACUCCUCUACAAAACAGACAUUUACGUCGUCCACCGUUCCCCAGCAGGCCAUCCUGUGGAAUAGGAACCCAGAUGACGUCACCGCUGUUUUCGUCAAUUGACGUCAUUCCCUGAAAUCGGUUUUGUAAUCCGUUUGCAAUUAGCUUUUUGGUGAUGACACUCACCCGAGAUGGAGAACGAAAAAUGGCCAGGCUUGGAGCAAAAACGGCAACGAGGAGAACGAAGAAGCCGAAGAAUCGCAUCUUAAAUUAGAGUAAAAUUGAAGGUUGAAAAAAUAUUUAUAGCAAGAGUAAAUAAAGAAGC